GGAACUAAAUCUGUGCCGUUGAAAACAAGUAAAGAAAAAGAGGUGGUGCUGAUAAGUUGUUAAAGCAGCAGCUCUUAACGGUGCAGCAUCAUGUCUGUUUACGUAGCUUUUUAGAGUGUAUAACAACUGAGAGAUUCUUCAUUAGCCCAGGGAGAGAUAGGCCCUGGAGAGGGAGAGAGAGCAAGAGAGAGGAGAGGGAGAGGGGGAGAGAGAGAGAGAGAGAGAGAGGAAGAGAGAGAGAGAGAUGAACUGGGAAGAGGGAACAUCGUGUGGAGGAGGGAGGAGGAAGCCGUCAUGGAGAGAGAGGGAGAACAAUAGGAGGAGAGAGAGGCGAAGGAGAGCGAUUGCUGCUAAGAUAUACGGGGGGUUACGAGCUCAGGCCAAUUUUGAUCUGCCUAAACAUUGUGACAACAAUGAGGUGCUGAAAGCUCUGUGUGCUCAAGCUGGUUGGGUUGUUGAACCUGAUGGCACCACCUAUCGCAAGGGAUCAAGACCACUUCACAUUGAUAUCGGAGCAAUUGACCUUGAGGCCAAUUCAACCAACACGACUCCAUGCUCUUCUCGCAGGCCAAGUCCCCCAUCUUCAUCCUUUCCUAGCCCUGUUCCCUCCUAUCAACCUACUCCAUCGUCCUCUUCCUACCCCAGUCCAUCAAGACUCGAUGCCAACACAUCUUCAAACCCCUUUUCGUUCAUGCAUCAGUCUUACAAUUCAUCUCUCCGUCCUCUGAGGAUCUCAAACAGUGCACCUGUAACCCCACCACUCUCACCACCAAUCACCAAUAUUUCUAUGCAGAAUUUCAACUGGGAAUCGAUAGCCAAACAGUCCGCUUCCUUGAAGUUCCCCUUCUUAGCUGCAUCUUGCCCAGCAAGUCCUACUCGUGGCCAGCGCUUCACUCCUGUCACUAUCCCUGAAUGUGAUGAGUCUGACUCGACUAUCGAUUCAGGCCAAUGGAUCAACUUCCAAGCUUAUGCACCUACUAUCGGUCCAACCUCUCCAACUUUUAAUCUUGUGAAACCUGUGGCUCCGAACGUCUCUUUCAAAAAUACAAUCUUGGAGAAACGGAAAGGAAAAGAUUUCGAGUUUGAGAGCAUAUCAGUGAAGGCAUGGGAAGGAGAGAGGAUUCACGAAGUCGGAUUAGAUGAUUUGGAGCUCACACUGGGAUUGGGAAGUACAAAGAUUUAGACUCAAUUAAAAUCUCAAGUCGGGAACAACAAGAGUGCAGGUUUUCUUCAUAAGUCUUACUCUUAUCACAAGUGUGAUUUGUAGCUAGUAAGUUCUGCUUUUCACUAGUCAGGCACACAUUUUCUCAAAUGCUCAAAUGUGGCCGAUUAAGUGAUGCUAUAUAUGCAACUAUGUGCUUUUUCGAUGUCUUCAAAUGUGUAAUGGCAUUUAUGCCUUAAAUAUUUUAAAGUUGCUCAGUGUUUAAAAGAGUUUUUUUCGUUCUA